AUGGUGUUAACUUGGCGAAAUUGUGCUUUGGUUUUAACUUCUUCUUUCUCGAGGAGAAACUAUUCACAAGAACUGAUCAGAAAUGGACUGGUAGGUAUGGUUGGGAGGACGCCAUUGGUGCGACUCAACAAACUGAGCCAGGAAACCAAGUGUGAGAUUCUAGCCAAGGCGGAGAUGUGUAACGGUGGUGGUUCUGUUAAAGACCGGGCCGCUUACUUCUUGAUUCAAGAUGCCUUGAAAAAAGGACAGCUGAAACCUGGUGGUACGGUCGUGGAAGGGACUGCAGGAAACACGGGAAUCGGUCUAGCUCACAUGUGUCUUGCCAUGGGGUUUAAGUGUGUUAUAUUUAUGCCCAAUAACCAAUCCCAAGAGAAGAUCGAUCUACUGAGAACUCUAGGGGCCACUGUUACCACUGUUCCCGUGUGUCCAUGGGAUGAUCCCAAUAACUACAAUCAUCACGCUAGAAGAUACGCCGAAAGUUUAGAAAACGCCGUGUGGACAAACCAGUUUGACAAUCGAGCAAACAGACAGGCUCAUAUCGAAACUACAGGUCCAGAAAUUUGGACGGAAACGUUGGGGAAAGUUAAUGCUGUUGUAUUUGGUACAGGGACAGGGGGGACUCUUUCAGGUGUGGGAACAUUUCUUAAGGAGAAAAAUCCCAAGAUUCAGGUAGUUCUAGCUGACCCUCAAGGUAGUGUGCUUUAUAAUUAUUUUAAACACGGGAAACUAGAACGCACACCUGGCGAUUCCAUCACUGAAGGUAUAGGACAAGGUAGACUCACAGAGAACCUGAAAGGUGCGCCAAUCGAUGAUGCCUUUCCAGUGUUUGAUGUUGAUGCUGUGAACAUGACAUUUCAGCUGCUGCACGAAGAAGGUCUUUUUGUUGGGGCCUCUACAGGACUUAAUGUUUUUGCUGCAUAUAAAUUAGCCAAACAGAUGGGGCCAGGACACACAAUUGUUACAUGUCUAUGUGAUACUGGACAUCGAUAUUAUGCCAAGUUGUACAAGAAAGAAGUCCUGCAAUCAAGAGGCCUUCUAGACACUAUGCCUCAAGUUUACCAUCGAUAUCUACAUUAG